AUGGCCAAAGACAAUGAAAAGGUUCGUCAACCCAAUCCACCAGCAUCUAUUGUCCAACAUCAGCAGAGGCAGGACCAGCAAGAGCGAGCUGCACCGAAUCCGCCAGCAAGGCAAACCACCUUGAGGGAUGAAGAAGCUCACAACAGCCUAUUUGCGAAUCGAUCUGCGAUUCAACCACCAGCUCCUGCGAGACAAGAUUAUGAGAUCAAGCAUAGCCUGAUCAAUUUGGUCCAGAAUCGUGUGUUUAAUGGAUUAGCAUCAGAGAGCCCUCUGGACCAUAUUGAAGCUUUUGAGAGAUUGGCUAGAGAUAAGGCUUUGAGAUGGCUAAAUCUCUUGGACCGAGGAUCACUUACCACUUGGGCACAGUGUAGAGCACAGUUUCUGAACCACUUCUACACUAAGUCACGAUCAGCUAUGUUAAGGAGCAAGAUCACUACCUUCUCACAAGGUGAGAAUCUUAUGAACAUCUUCUAUGGAGGAAUUGACCAGAAGUAUCAGAUGGCACUCGAUACCGCCAGCAGAGGAGAUUUUUCUACUAACACUGCCGCUGAAGCAUACCUCUUGAUCGAAAACCUUGCAACGAGUAACAGCAAUCAUAGCCAUGAGUAUGAUCGUUCUGUGCGUGUUAUUAGCUUCGUGAAUACAGAUGUUAUUAAGAGUCUCACUGCCAAGGUAGACCUUCUUUUGAAGAGAGAUCAGCAAGCUGUCAACAUGUGCGAUGGGCAGACAUGUGCAUAUCAGCAAGUUGGAGUAAAUUCAGGUUUUGAGGGGGCAGAGGAGCUGAACUAUGUAGUAGGACAAGGGAACUAUCAGAAUCAUGGGUUUAAUCAGAAUUAUAGAAAUCAUCCUAAUCUCUCUUACAGAAGCACCAACGCUGAGAAUUCUCAGGAUCAGGUGUACCCUCCACAUAAUCAACAAGGUAACUUCCCGCAAGGAUUUCUGAAUAAGGGUGCUGGAUUUAAUAGCUCAAAUGUCCAAGGAUACCACGCUCCAUCUGCAGCUCCACAAGAUAACAAACUCGAAUUGUUGAUGCAAGCACUGCUGGAGGGCCAUAAGAAAAGUUCUGCUGAGAUUAAUGUCAAGAUUGAUAGCAUGUACAAUGAUUUGAAUGGGAAAUUUGAGAGGUUGAGUUCACGUGUUGAUUCCAUUGAUAAGAGAGUUUCUGCUAUUUCUUCUAGCUCUAAGAACAAAGAGUCAUGCAAUGCUAUAACACUCUAUGGUGGAAUCGAAGAUGGGCAGAGUUGUGCUGUGAUCAACUCUUGUUUAGUUUUCGCAGAGACAGGAUCGAUCAGUCCUAAGCCUAGACUGGCCGGUCCCAUCCAUUCUGAUAAUUCGAGUCUGAUAUCCAGAGAAGUUGGAUCGACUAGUCCCCCCUAUAGAUCAGUUGAUCCCAUCAACAACGCAGAGCUUGUCUCGGAAAGUCUCAGAUCGACCAAUCUACAUACAGAACGGUCAGUCCCUGUUGUAGGUAUGGAAAAUUCCAGCUCGUUUGUCUCUGAUACAAAUGCUAAGGAAUCACUUCUUGUGGAACCAAAACCCUAUAGGCCACAAAUUCCUUUUCCAAGAAGACAUAAGAAGAAAGCUCUGGAUGAAAAGAAGUAUGAUCGGUACAAAGAAGUUAUGAGAGAGUUCACCGCUGACAUUCCCUUUACAGAGGCAGUAAAGCAUAUCUCUUUGUUUAAGAAGGUUUACAAUGAUGUUGUGGUUGAAGAAAAGGAUUUGGUGGAGGUUAAGGCGUUUUUGGCUCUAGAGAAGAAGAACAUUCUUGCUCUAUCUUUGAAAAGACUACCCAAGUUAGAAGAUCCAGGAAAAUUUGUUGUUCCAUGCUCCAUCUUAGGAGUGAAUUUUGAGGAUUCCCUUUGCGACACUGGAUCUAGUGUGAACGUAAUGUCUAAGGCUAUCGCAGAGAGAUUGGGGAUUGAUGAUAUGAAGGCUUCUAAGGUCUCUCUUAAGUUGGCAAAUGCUGUUUCCACAACUCCACAUGGUUUCAUAGGUAAUUUAGAUGUUCAAGUUGGGAGUUGCUUGGUUGCUACAGAUUUUCAUGUUGUGGAAAUGAGCAAGGGUUCUGUUAUGCCUUUGAUUCUUGGGAGACCUUUCCUAGCAACAGUCGGAGCAGUUGUUGACUUGCCUAAUAAGAGGGUAACUUUCUCUAACAUUGAUGAUAAGGUCUUCUACAACGCAAUCACUGCAAAUGAAGCUAUACGACAUGGCUUUUGUCUAGUAGUAGAACAUGAGAAGAAGGUGGAGGUCAUGAUAAUGGGAGAGAGUGCUGAUAAGAAUGAGGUCAACGAAGUCCUGGAUGGAGACACUCACUCUUCUAAGAAAAGUUCUACGAAGGUUAAGAAGAGAGACAAGCCGAAGACAGAGAGAAUAAUACCAGAUCUUCACAUAACCUUGGUACCCCAGAAAUAUGUUAGAGAUACCAUUGAGUACAAGGUGAAGUGUAAAGGAAUAUCUCGGCCUUUCUCUCAAGUUAAAGCCAUCCUUACUCCUGAGUUUAAAGAGAAAGGCCAAGAAGCAAUGGAUGAUAUGAUGAAAAAGACUUUGGAGCUUAAACUGACGAAUGGGAGAGCUUGUCCUGAUAUGAGUUCUCAUCCUCCCAUCACUUGA